CCUAUUCACUUCCAGCCACAUCCACUCCCCUAUACUGCCUCGUGAUGGAUGGCUGUUAGCCUUUCUUCAAGCCGAUUUCAUCUUAACGUCACUCGCAAUGUUCUUCCUCGUCUACCUCUACUACAAAUUCCUUGCGGUCGUGAUCAGGAAAUUCCUCGGCCCCAAGAGAGAAAUCAAGGCCACGCCAGAUGACGUCUAUCAGAUCCAGUCACGCGACGCAGGGCGGACAAUCAAAGCCCACGUCUACCGAAACGUAUCCGCCUCCACUGAGCCAAUUCCCGUGCUGAUCAACUUCCAUGGGAGCGGAUUCCUGCUGCCUCUUCACGGCAGCGACGACGCAUACUGUCGUCAGAUGAGCCGCGAAACCGACCGUACGGUCCUCGAUGUCCAGUACCGUCUAGCACCGGAGAACCCCUUCCCCGCGGCUCUCAACGAUGUCGAGGACGUCGUCAAGUGGGUUCUGGGACAGCCCGAGAAAUAUGACCUCCGUCGCGUUUCUCUCUCCGGCUUCAGCGCCGGUGGCAAUCUCGCUUUGGCCGCUGCAGCUAACCUGUUCCCAGCGGACAGCUUCCACUCCGUUCUGGCGGUAUAUCCCGUCAUUGACCUGCAUACGGAUCCUGCUCUGAAGACCGCACCCGAUACAUCAGGAAGACCAAUUCCGGCUAGAAUGUCAAGAAUUUUCGACAGAUGCUACACGCAUACCGCGUUUGAUACCCGUGAUCCCAGGAUAUCACCGCUUUAUGCUAGUGCCGACCGCUUCCCUGGCCGGGUCAUGAUUGUUACUGCGGCGUGUGAUAACCUUGCGCCUGAGGCAGAGGCUCUGGCGGAGAAGAUUGCCAAGGAACCCGGGAAGCUGGUGGUGCGGCAGCGGAUGCCGGGCUGCAAUCACGGCUGGGAUAAGGCUGCUCGCGCGGGAACGGUGCAGGGGGAUGCUAGAGAAAAGACCUAUGCCAUGGCUGCAGCGAUGUUGUCCAGGUAGAAUUUAUAUCUGAGUCAUAG